AUGACUCCAUCCGUGAUGGAGGUUUUCGUCUUUGGAGACCAAAGCACACGCUUUGCACCUCCACUGAAAGACCUGCUUCUCAAAGGCAACAGUCCAUACUUGACGCAUUUUGUUGAGCAGGUCCAUGCACUCCUCCGAAAAGAAAUCUCAACCUUGCCAGUAACUCAACGGAAGCUGUUCCCCAACUUCGCCGACAUACAAGAGCUCAUCUCCAAGUCAGAUUGGGGCAGUGGCAAUCCUGCUUUGACAAGUGCUUUGGCAUGCUUCUACCACCUCUGCAGCUUUAUACACUUCUACGAUGGACAAGGGCGUACAUUCCCUCCAGAGAAUAGUCGCAUUAUUGGCCUUUGUGUUGGCUCGCUCGCUGCAGCAGCUGUCAGUUGCUCUAGAUCAUUGAGUGAACUGGUAGCAGCUGGCGUCGAUGCGGUUCGUGUGGCGUUAUAUGUUGGACUGCGAGUAUGGCGGACUACCUCACUUUUUGACACACCAGACAGACCCUCAGCUACGUGGUCUAUCAUCGUGCCAGAGACGGUACUCCCAAGAUCAUCAGCUCAAGACCAACUAGAUUCGUUUAGCGAUGAAUUUGGGCUAGCUCGAUCAUCUGUUCCUUACAUUAGCUCGGUUGCACACCAUAACAUGACCAUUAGUGGCCCACCAUCCGUUCUUGAGAAGUUCAUCCACAGGAUAUCGUCAUCGCCGAAAGAUUGCCUACCGGUCCCGAUCUAUGCACCGUACCAUGCCAGUCAUCUUUACAGUCAGCACGAUGUGGAUGAGGUCCUCAGUCUGGCUGCUCCUGCUUUUGCAUCGCAGUCCGCCAUUCCACUCAUUUCAGGCUGCUCUGGAGAAGAGUUUGAACCACUGAUCUAUGCGGACCUACUCCACUGCUGCGUGACCGACAUGCUCAUACAUCCGCUACACCUCACCAAGGUCUCUCAAGCAGUUGGCCGGUUCAUUAGUAGCCUAUCAUCUAUACAAACUAUACUGAGGCCUAUAGCCACCAGCGUCUGUAACAGUAUAGUCACUACUUUGGAGCCGACACUAGCAGAAAGAUGCGCCGUGGACAACAGCAUUAGUCCCUCAGCCUCGACAGGCCACUCAUCAACCAAACAACAGCUCGAGACAUCAAACAAAGCCUCCAAGAUCGCGAUUGUAGCUAUGUCCGGUCGCUUCCCAGAUGCAGCCGACUUGGGUGAAUUUUGGGAUCUUCUCUACGAAGGUCGCGAUGUUCAUCGACAAAUACCUGAGGAUAGGUUCAACGCAGAGCUCCACCACGACGCCACUGGGCGACGCAAGAAUACCAGCAAGGUCAUGAACGGUUGCUUCAUCAAGGAGCCGGGCCUGUUUGACGCCAGGUUCUUUAACAUGUCCCCGAAAGAAGCCGAACAGUCUGAUCCUGGCCAGCGCAUGGCACUCGAGACAGCUUACGAAGCUCUUGAGAUGGCUGGUAUCGUCCCGGAUAGAACACCUUCGACACAAAGAGACCGUGUAGGUGUGUUCUAUGGAAUGACCAGCGACGAUUGGAGAGAGGUCAAUAGCGGUCAGAAUGUUGACACAUAUUUCAUUCCUGGUGGCAAUCGGGCUUUCACUCCUGGCAGACUCAAUUACUUCUUCAAGUUCAGUGGACCUAGCGCCAGCGUCGAUACAGCCUGCUCCUCCAGUCUUGCUGCCCUACACUUAGCGUGCAAUGCGCUCUGGAGAAAUGAUUGCGAUACAGCCAUUGCUGGUGGAACAAAUGUCAUGACCAAUCCCGACAACUUUGCUGGCUUGGACCGAGGCCACUUCUUAUCAAAGACCGGCAACUGUAAUACCUUUGAUGACGGGGCAGACGGAUACUGUCGUGCUGAUGGCGUCGGCACUGUCAUACUCAAGAGGCUUGAGGAUGCAGAAGCUGACAAUGACCCUAUUCUCGGGGUCAUUCUGGGCGCUUAUACAAACCACUCAGCCGAAGCAGUGUCCAUCACCCGACCGCACGCUGGAGCACAGGAGUACAUAUUCUCCAAGCUCCUUCGUGAAUCGGGCGUCGACCCUUACAAUGUCAGCUACAUCGAGAUGCACGGCACAGGCACACAAGCCGGCGACGCAACUGAAAUGACCUCAGUCCUCAAGACCUUUGCUCCUACUAGUGGCAUCGGCGGUCGUCUACCUCACCAAAGCCUUCACUUGGGAUCAGUCAAGGCGAAUGUCGGGCACGGUGAAUCUGCGUCCGGUAUUAUUGCUCUGAUCAAGACACUACUCAUGAUGCAGAAGAACAUGAUCCCACCACAUUGUGGUAUCAAGACAAAGAUCAAUCACCAUUUCCCUACGGAUCUUGCGCAGCGCAAUGUUCAUAUUGCUAAAACUCCAACAUCUUGGACGAGGUCUGGACAACGAGAUGCACGCACUGCCUUUGUCAACAACUUCUCUGCAGCUGGUGGAAACUCGGCUGUUCUGAUUCAAGAUGCUCCUCAGCCAUCGGCGGUCCUAGCCACAGAUCCACGCUCAUUCCAUGUCGUAACCAUGUCUGCUCGAUCAGCAGACUCUCUCAGAAGGAAUCUCGUCAAUAUCAAGGAGCUUGUAGAAGGUGAAGCUGACUCGAGCUUUAACUUCCUCGGUAAGCUAUCAUAUACUACCACUGCCAGGCGCAUGCAUCAUCAAUUCCGAGCUUUAGUCACAGCCCAAAACCGGGAACAGUUACUGAAAGGUCUUGACUCCGCCAUUCAGCGCCAGGAUUUGAAGAGGGUUCCCGCUUCCAUGCCUCCUGUCGGCUUUGUCUUUAGCGGCCAGGGGGCCCAAUACCGUGGCAUGGGCAAAGAGUAUUUCACGAGUUUCACUGUCUUCCGCUCUGAGAUCAUGUCCUACGACAACAUCGCUCGGGCCCAAGGCUUUCCGUCCAUCCUCCCACUGAUCUGUGGUGAGGUUGAGGCUGAUUCACUAUCUCCUGUUGAGAUCCAGCUUGGCUUGACGUGCUUACAGAUGGCAUUAGCCAAACUAUGGAAAUCAUUCGGUGUCGAGCCAAGCUUUGUUCUAGGACACAGUUUGGGUCACUAUGCUGCUUUGCAAAUUGCUGGUGUUCUAUCUGUCAAUGACACCAUUUACCUAACUGGCACGAGAGCACAGUUACUCGUGGAUAAAUGCCAGGCAGGUAGCCACUCAAUGCUGGCAGUGAGAGCAUCCUUGCUGCAGAUCCAACAAUUUCUAGACGCCAACAUUCACGAGGUUGCUUGUGUCAAUGGGCCACGAGAGGUUGUCAUCAGCGGACGAGUUGCCGACAUCGACCAGUUGGUUGACCUUUUGUCUGCUGACAACAUCAAAGCGACACGCGUCAAGGUGCCAUUUGCCUUCCAUUCAGCGCAGGUCGACCCUAUCCUCUCAGACUUGGAUGCGGUCGCAUCGCGUGUCACCUUUCACUCUCCACAGAUUCCUGUUCUCUGUGCUCUUGACAGCUCUGUCAUCAACCCUGGGAACCACGGUGUCAUUGGUCCGCUUCAUCUGCAACGUCAUUGUCGCGAGACUGUCAACUUUGAAGGUGCCCUGCAUGCUGCGGAGCGUGACAAGAUCAUCAACAAGACCUCAACACUUUGGAUCGAGAUUGGGCCUCACGUUGUCUGCUCUACCUUUCUCAAAUCUAGCCUCGGCCAAGACACGACGACUAUCCCAUCACUUCGACGAAAUGAGGAUUGCUGGAAGGUUUUGGCUGAUGGUUUGAGUAGUCUCUACAGCAGUGGGUUGUCGAUUGACUGGAACGAGUACCAUCGCGACUUCAAAGCGUCUCAUCAGGUACUGCGUCUUCCUUCCUACAGCUGGGAACACAAGAAUUACUGGAUACAAUACAAGUACGAUUGGUCUUUGACGAAAGGCGACCCUCCCGCUACCCCCAGUAGCUCGCUAGAGGCGGUCUUAGCUUUCUCGACACCCUCAGUCCAGAGGAUUCUACAAGAGACUUCACAUGAUCAGGUGUUGACGAUAGUUGCUGAAACAGAUCUUGCGAGCCCUCAGUUGACAGAGGUUUCGCAAGGUCAUCGCGUCAACGGCGUCAAAGUCUGCACAUCAUCCGUAUAUGCUGACGUUGGCUUGACGCUGGGCAAGUACAUAUUGGACAACUACCGCACCGACUUGAAAGGUUAUGCGGUCGACGUUCACGGUAUUGAGGUUCAUAAGCCACUCAUUCUCAAAGAAGACAUGAAGGGGACACCUCAAGCUACACCAUUUCGGGUAGAAGUGCGAUACCCUCUCCAAAGCACUACUGCGCUGAUGAGCAUUUCCUCCACCGGUCCGAACGGUCAACACAUCAGGCAUCUUGACUGCGAACUUCGACUUGAGCAUCCAUCUCAAUGGGAAGCGGACUGGGACCGCCAAGCCUACCUCAUCAAUCGCAGCGUCAACUACCUUCAGCAACGAUCAGCGCAAGGCUUGGACAGCAUGUUGGCAACUGGAAUGAUCUACAAGGUGUUUUCAUCUCUUGUCGACUACUACGAUGGUUUCAAGGGUCUACAGGAGGUUGUCUUGCAUAGUCAAGAGCUUGAAGGUACAGCGAAAGUGCGCUUUCAAACUCCACAAGGAGGCUUCGUCUGCAAUCCCAUGUGGAUUGACAGCUGUGGUCAGACGACUGGAUUUCUCAUGAACUGUCAUCAAACGACACCCAAUGACUACGUCUAUGUCAAUCAUGGCUGGAAGUCGAUGAGAUUGGCCAAGUCGUUCCGUCAAGAUAUUACGUAUCGGACGUAUAUUCGAAUGAGGCCUAUCGAUGGCACUAAGUUCGCCGGUGACUUGUACAUCCUUGACGAGGAUGAUACUGUAGUUGGCGUUUAUGGUGAUAUAACGUUCCAAGGCUUGCCACGUCGGGUUCUUAACACAGUCUUACCUUCUGCCAACACGGUUCCGGCUGAUGCACCUAUGGGUCGGCGAGAGUUACCUCCAUCGAGAAUGGAUGCGCCCCCCGCCAGAAUUGGAGAAGGGCCUCCGCCUUCAGCACCUACACAGCCAGCUAUCUCAUUGCCAUUCGCAGCCGACUCAUCCAUGAAUACUCGAUUGAGGCCGCUUCUGCGCAUUUUGUCAGAGGAGAUCGGACUCACUCUUGAUGUUCUUUCUGAUGAUGAGCUCGACUUUGCGGAUCAUGGUGUUGACUCACUUCUCUCGUUGACUAUCACCGGUCGCAUGCGUGAGGAAUUGGGUCUUGACGUUGAAUCCUCAGCAUUCUUGACCUGUCCCACUUUGGGAAGCUUCAAGGCGUUCCUUGGGCUUUCCGAGCAGGACAACAAGAGUAGUUGCAGUAGUGAUGGCAGUGGUAGGAGCAGUCCACCGCCUGGUAUCGAGUCUGGCGCCACUACACCGCCGAUGAGUGACGAGGAACAAGACAAAGCAAUCCACAGUCAUUCACUUCACCAGUUCCAAGCCACUUCCACCCUUCUGCAGGGCAGUCCCAGCAAAGCUCGGUCAACUCUGUUCCUACUGCCAGACGGAUCGGGCUCUGCCACAUCCUACGCUUCCCUCCCUCCAAUCUCUCCGGACGGAGAUGUUGUUGUAUACGGACUAAAUUGCCCAUGGUUGAAGGAUGCCGGCUACCUCGUCGAGUUUGGACUCAAAGGUCUGACAGAGCUCUAUGUCAACGAGAUACUCCGGCGCAAGCCACGGGGUCCAUACAACUUGGGAGGGUGGUCAGCGGGUGGUAUUUGCGCCUAUGAGGCUGCCCUGAUCCUUACCAGAGCAGGUCAUGAAGUGCAACGUCUUAUCUUGCUUGACUCGCCCAAUCCUGUUGGGCUUGAGAAACUUCCUCCUCGCUUGUACGAUUUUCUGAACUCUCAGAAUGUCUUUGGAUCGGACAAUCCACACAGCACUACAGGCACGAGUGCCAAAGCUCCGGAAUGGCUUCUUGCACAUUUUCUAGCCUUCAUUGAUGCUCUGGAUGCUUAUGUUGCUGUGCCCUGGGACUCUGGUCUUGUCGCUGGAGAUGGUCUAGCAUCACCGCUCCCUGCACCACCACAGACAUACAUGCUUUGGGCUGAAGAUGGAGUGUGUAAGAGUCCAGAUGACAAUCGUCCAGAGUACCGUGAUGAUGACCCACGUGAGAUGCGCUGGCUACUGGAGAACAGGACAAAUUUUGGUCCGAAUGGUUGGGAGGCGCUACUUGGUGGUAAGGAAGGGCUAGUCAUGGAGCGAAUUUCAGAAGCAAACCAUUUUACAAUGUUGAAGAGAGGACGCAAUGCGGAAUGCGUCUCGGAGUUUCUAUCUCGAGCGUUGGAUAUUUAG